AUGUUUGUCGCGCCCUUCAAUCUCUCGCGGCAGCGGCGCGUCGAGCUCAGACAGGCCUUCGACGACUUGGACACCAAGAAAAUUGGCUACCUGAGCUUGGAACGCUUUGUCUUCUUGCUGAAGUCUAUCGGCGUGAACAUAUCAAAGCGCGAUUUGCUCGCCGUCACAGCAGAGAAUCAAGAAAGAGGAGACUUUUCCUUCGAGGAUUUGCUGCUCGUUGCUCAAGUCGUGUACAAUGAUGUCGCGAUCGAGCGCGGCCUGCUGAAAGCUCUCAGACAGAUUUGCCCCAAGGGCGCCAAGGCCAUCCCGACAGCGACCUUGCGGGAGUAUCUUUUGAAACUCGGCAUGGGUGUCAAACUAAGCGAAGAAGAGGUUGACAUGUUUCUGCGGAUCGAGUGUGACCCGGAGAUGAAGGGAUUUGUCGACUUCGAGACGUUCAUCUACAGGUUGGUGGCCGCCCAUGUGCAGCGAGGCAGGCGAGGGAAAGCGGGCUGGUCCUGCGCGACUAGACGCCGCGGCGUGGCUUCAUGGAGUGUCCGCGGCCACUGGUACCGUUCCUCCUACGGCAGCAGCACCUGA